AUGGAGGGGGGCGCGCCCCCUGCGGGAGGCGACGGCAUGGAGCCCAGGGGCGACAUGAGCAGGAGGAGAACCUGGUCUCGCUCGACAUCUCUGCAUCCGCCGCCAGAGUCGAUGCUGCGGGGGUGCGACGCUAAAGAGGGCGAUGACGGCGAUGAGGACGAGCUGGACGAGGAGGAGAGCCUGGAGGCAGGCAGCCAGAACUCCGGCAAGAGCCCGAACCCUGCAGAUCCCGGCAGUGCCAACACCGGGGCAGGCGCCAAGUGGCACGCAAAGAUCAUGCUGGACAACUUCACCCACACAAAGGACGCACCAGGGGGCAAGAUCAAGGCAUGCCGAGGUAUGCCGAUGAUCAAUGUGUCCGAGUUCCUGGCAGGGCUGGAGAACGCGAAUGGGCGCUGGCUCUUCAGAGGACCGCUAAACGGCUGGGCGGGCCUCGUGAAUUUGGAGCUGAAGUCGUUAACGAAGAAGGUGAGCUCACUCGGUGGAAUCUCUGUCAAGCGUAUGUGGAAUGCCUGCUCGGGCAACGCCCUGCCCGACAAGUCCGUCUUCGGGAAGAGCGUCCGCGCCACCUUCGAGGCCCCAGCGUGGACGCAGUCGGGAUAUGUCGACGGCUCCAAAGGCUUCAUGUGGUGGUUUACCCCGGUCAGUUUGCAGGGCCUCCUCCACGAGGGGAAGAAGCUCGCGAAGCCGGGGAUCCUGUGCGGAGAGCAGUCGAUCACCGAAAUGGAAAAAGUGGGCGGCUCUUGCGCGGAGGCCAGGGCUGUAUGGUGCCACGCUUUCGCGCACCGCUACCCUGUGGAGAAGGAAACGCUUUCGGACAGGCAGACCUACCACACGGGCGUGCUGGUGGAGUGGGACCACGGGCGUUUCAUGACCGUCGUGGAGCUGGCGUACCUCUACGGCUGCAGCGGCUACAAGGGGCGGUCGAAUUGGUGCGAGGACAAGCUGAAGACCCCGACCGAGCUAUUCCAGGCGAUGCCCGACGGCAUGAAGGUCCCGUACGACACCAGUCGGGCCGAGAUCCGCGCUUACGACGUGCCCCUGAAUUGUAGCCGGGAGAAGUUCGAGGAGUACCUCGCGCGCUACAGCCCGUCGGGGCAAUGCCCGGCGUCGGAGCAGCGCUUCUGGGAUCCGAAAUCUAUGCGUCUUCCGCCGUGA